AUGGCUGAGGAAUAUGAAGCAGUGGGUCCAGUUAUUGCUGGCAUAUCCUAUCCAAAAGUCGGUUCAGUGCAGAUUUUAGUUUUGUCUAAAUAUAAAUAUUACGAUCAUUCUAUUAUAGAAGAAUCAGCUCAAGAAGUGAUGUCGGGAGCACCACCGAUAGUUGAAGUGGAACAACAAGACGUGGCCGAAGUAUGUAAACUAUUUAAUGCUUAA